AUGAGUAUUCAGUCGGACAUUCUAACUUUAGUGUAUGAUGAAAGUCAACCGUUGAUCGUUCCGGCGAAACAGAAAGAACCGCACAUAUCAUGGAUUAUGGCGGCAGGUUUAAUUGUUAAUGCAGCGAUGGGAGCUGGCUUACUCAAUAUUGCCAAAGCGUAUGAUGAAGCUGGUGGAAUCGCCGUCAGCUCAAUACUUCAUGCGAUUGUCGUUGUGUUGGUCAUCGGUGCAUAUGCGAUACUAUUUGUUUGCGGUGAUAACUCAACAUCAUCCUACGAAGCAUUUGUUCUGAUGAAAUGUGGGAGAUUUUGGCAGAGAACUUGUUCAGUUUGUAUUAUUUUAUAUAUGUAUGGUUUGAGUAUUACCUUCUUUAUUAUUAUCGGCGAUCAACUCGAUCGAUUUUUGACAUUUGUUGUUAAUGCAAAUUACUGCUCACAUUGGUAUCUUGAUCGACGAUUUAUGAUUAUCGUUACAUCAAUGUUACUAGUCUUUCCUCUAUGUUUCUCUAAAACGAUCAAAUUUCUUCAGAUUCCCAGCAUGCUCGGUGUAUUGGCUAUCAUCUAUGUUGUGAUUAUGGUACCAGUGAAAUACUUUAUUUCACCACCAACAGACGUUGUUAUCAAAAAAAGUCCGGAUUCAUGGACAGAUAUCUUUCUAGUGUUGCCAACGAUGUGUUUUUCAUAUCAAGCUCAUGUCAAUGCAGUACCUGUUUUUAUUUCGCUAAGAACACGUGCCGAUUGCAUCCACGCGACGUUAGCAUCGACAAUUGUACUCAUCUUCAGUUACUGUUUGGUAGCCAUUUGCGGUUAUCUAACAUUUGGUAUCAAUGUUAAUCAUGACAUACUGAUGUCUUAUGACCCACAUUCAAUACCUGUUCUCAUUGCAGUUAUUAUGGUCGCAAUUAAAACAUAUACCGCUUACCCAGUGAAUUUAUUCUGUGGAAGAAUCGCCAUAGAAUCAUUUUCAACAUCUGGCAUUGAGCCAUCUGUAAAACGCCGUGUUAUCAUCGUUUGUCUAUGGUUUUUCUCCACAUUGGCUGGAGCCGUUUUUCUUCCGAAUAUUUCAUUAGCUAUCCAUUACCUCGGCGCACUUGCUGCAAGUUUCAUUUUCAUCUUCCCAGGUCAGUCACCGAACGCAUAA